CACACGAAGUGUUUUUGAAAGUAAUAUUAAGAUAAGUUUUAUUGAUAUGAACUCUUAGCUCAUAAGCUUAAAGUUGAGUUUUGUUUGUCUUUACCAGUAAAAUGAGUCUGACACCACAGAGCGGAUCUUUUUGCGCAUCACAGCAGAGCUGUAGAACUGGACUGGACGAGUCAUUCACCAGUUUCGACAUGAGCAGCAGUGCUGGUUCGGGAGAAUCCCUGCAAGAAGCAGAUUCGACAAUAAUCUCACAGAAAGAAGAUUACGUGAAGAAUUACAGGAUGGUGAUGACUCCUGCAGAGAAACUGACUCUUUGUGAGAGACGUGCGCAGUCUUUUGCUGAUAGCGAAGAGUAUGAUGCUUGUAUCCAAGAGCUUGUGCGUUGCCUGGCACUGAGCAGACUGCUUUAUGGAAAUGGGCAUUUUGCAGUGGCCCAAGCCCAGUCUAGGCUAGCUAAAGCCUACUUGCAGUACAAAGGCUGGGCACAUCAAGCACAAGAACAUGCAUCUCAAGCACAUGAAGUACUCUGUUCCAGCCAGCAGGAGGAUAGAGUGAGCUAUCUCAACUGCUACAUUAGUGUUCAUCAAACUCUUGGAAGUGCUGCUCUACUUCUUGGCAAUCUGGCAGAAGCCGAGUCAAGCUUUCAGAAGGCAGAAAUAAUCAUGGGAGACAUCGUGGCACAAGAAGCCAUGGGCAAGGAGGAAAGAGUGGACACUGAGUAUGAGAUAUUGACAAAUUUAGCAAGGGUGUACCAGUGUCAGGGGAGGGCUGAGCAGGCCCUGAGUCAAUGUGAAAGAGCCUUGGAACUACUGCAGGAAGGAGGCCAGCUUAGUCGGAUCUGCUUUGUUUACAGGAACAUGGCAGCCAUUGAGCAGGCUCAGGGACACCUGGAUAGAUCCAUUGAGCAUCUCCUACAGGCUCAUUCCAUUGCUCUUUGUCAGAGUCCUGGGGGUCUUGAGGGGGCCCACAUCGCUCACAGCUUGGCUCUGGCCUACUCUUCCACUUCAGAACCUCAUCACAAUGAUUCGGCGGCACACUUUUUCAAGGAGAGUAUAAGUGCGUACACGAGUGCACAAGGCCCACAGGACCCACUCACCUUAUCAGCCCAAGAUGACUACUGUCACUUCCUACUACUCACCGGACAACAGGAGAGAAGUGCUCAGAUCCAAAAAGAGUCUUUAGCCCUAAAGAAGAGCACUUUUGGUGAGCUGAGUGCAGAAGUUGCUGAAGCGUUGCAGUUGAUUGGUGGAGUAGAGAUGACACAGGGUCAGAUGAGACAUGCCCACAGAACCCUCAAGAAGUGUCUGAAUAUUCAGAGUAUGCUGUAUGGUCCUCAGCACAAGAAUACCAAAGCCACACAAAGAUCUGUGGACAUGCUGUCUCAGUCACCAGAGGUUUGUGGGAGACAUAAGAAAGAAAGUUGUCUUGAAACAAGGCCUCCUUUCUGUGCAGUGGUAUCAUCUCCAUCUGAGGUGAAAUCUAGUAUCUCUAACUCAUAGGAGCACUGACCACCAGGCAUAUUCCUGGACUGUCAGAGAUGUUUGACUUCCUCCUAUUUCACCAAGGGGAUUCUGUGGAUUAAAGGAAAAAAA